UCAAGAAACCUCUUCUCAAACCUUUCUUUCACUCCUCCUUCUCACUCACCGGCGUUAACUAACGGAGACGUUAAUUCUAACGGACGAGUUUCUAUAUAAAUCGGCAAGAUGUCACGAUUCGUAGACAAACUCCCGUUUUUUGAUCGCCGAUCACCGAUGGACGACGCCGAGGAAAUCGCCCGUGAUGGUCUCCUCGUCCACCACCACCACCGUCCUCCUCGCCCCAUCCACAACCCCACUCUCGGCGAGCUUCUCAAACACGUCGGCGACGCCGGUGCCGGCCCUGACGAGUCUCCUCCUCACUUCGACGUCGAGCUCGGCGGCAACCUCUCCGGCCGUCCACCACCUUUUACUCUCACCUUCACUGAUCUCUCCUACAGCGUCAAAGUCCGGAAACCCUUCUGGUCUUUGACUUUUCGCCGGAAAAACCGGCUCGCCACUGACGUCGCCGGAGAAGCUCAGCUUAAUCUCAACUCCGGCAGAACAAAAACUCUUCUUGAUUCCAUCUCCGGCGAGGCUAAAGAAGGUGAGAUACUCGCCGUUCUCGGCGCUAGUGGCUCCGGUAAGUCGACCCUCAUCGACGCUCUCGCCAACCGUAUCUCCCGUGAAAGCUUGAAAGGCAGUGUAACUCUCAACGGAGAACCACUCGACGGUCGUCUUCUCAAAGUCAUCUCCGCUUACGUCAUGCAAGAUGACCUUCUUUACCCCAUGCUCACCGUCGAAGAAACCCUAAUGUUCGCCGCUGAGUUCCGUCUCCCUCGUUCCCUCUCUUCUUCCAAGAAGAAAUCCAGAGUUCAAGCACUCAUUGACCAGCUCGGCUUACGUCGAGCCGCCAAAACUAUCAUCGGAGAUGAAGGUCAUCGUGGAGUCAGUGGUGGUGAACGCCGCCGUGUCUCCAUCGGCAUGGACAUCGUCCAUGACCCUAUAAUUCUCUUCCUCGAUGAACCAACCUCCGGGCUUGACUCCACGUCGGCUUUCAUGGUUGUCAAAGUGCUUCAACGUAUAGCUCAGUCUGGUAGUAUAGUUAUCAUGUCUGUUCAUCAACCGAGUUACCGAAUUCUUGGUUUGCUCGACCGUUUGCUCUUCUUGUCUCGUGGUCAGACUGUUUACAGUGGUUCACCGGACGGACUACCUCUCUUCUUCUCCGAGUUUGGUAGACCGAUCCCCGAGAACGAGAACCGGACUGAGUUCGCUCUUGAUUUGAUUCGAGAACUCGAGAGCUCCAACGCCGGCACUAAACCUCUCGUCGACUUUAACAACUCCUGGCAAAACAUGAAGAUUCAAGGCACUAACACUGUAGCCAAGAACCCAAACCCAAACGGUUAUUCACUAAAAGAUGCCAUCAGUGCAAGCAUCUCAAGAGGCAAGUUAUUCUCCGGCGCCACUGACAACUCCGGCGCCGGCACCACCAUGCAAACAUUCGCCAACCCAGCAUGGGUUGAGAUCGGAGUGCUAACCAAACGCUCAGCUAAGAACAGCCGUCGCAUGCCGGAGCUAUUCGGGAUGCGUCUCGGUGCUGUUCUUGUCACCGGCUUCAUCCUCGCCACCAUCUUCUGGCAACUCGAUAACUCACCGAAAGGCGUUCAAGAACGUCUCGGCUUCUUCGCCAUUGGAAUGUCCACCAUGUUCUACACCUGCGCUGAUGCUCUCCCUGUCUUCCUCCAAGAACGCUACAUCUUCAUGAGAGAAACAGCCUACAAUGCUUACCGCCGUUCAUCCUACGUCCUCUCCAACGCCAUCGUUGGCGUCCCAUCUCUCCUUCUCCUCUCCAUUGCCUUCGCUGCCACAACCUUCUUUGCCGUUGGCCUCGCCGGUGGUGCUUCCGGCUUCUUCUUCUUCUUCCUAAUAAUCUUCGCUUCAUUCUGGGCCGGCAGUGGGUUUGUCACCUUCCUCUCCGGCGUUGUCUCUCAUGUCAUGCUUGGCUACACCGUCGUCGUUGCCAUUCUUGCUUACUUCCUUCUCUUCAGUGGCUUCUUCAUCAACAGAGAUAGGAUUCCAGAUUACUGGAUUUGGUUCCAUUAUUUAUCUUUGGUUAAGUAUCCAUAUGAAGCAGUGCUGAUGAAUGAGUUUGAUGAUUCAACCAAGUGUUUUGUGAGAGGAACUCAAAUGUUUGAAAACACUCCACUUGGGUUGUUGCCAGAGGUGAUCAAACUCAAUGUUUUGAAGUCCAUGAGUGGUUCUCUUGGAGUUAAUCUCACUGCUCAGACUUGUGUUACAACUGGUACAGAUAUACUCAAACAACAAGCAGUGACUCAGUUGAGCAAAUGGAAUUGUUUGUGGGUUACUCUGGCUUGGGGUUUCUUCUUCAGAGUUCUCUUUUACUUUUCACUUUUGCUUGGGAGUAAGAACAAGAGGAGAUGAAACAAAACAGUUUGCUUGGCCAUGUUUUUAAUAAUUCAUCAUCAUGAUCAUGAGUGUAAGCAAGAAGAAGAAGAACAUGCAUGGGGUUUUAUUUUACAAUGUUAAUUAAUUUGCUUCUUCAUCUUUUUUUUUUUUUUCUUUUUUCUUUUUUCUUUUGUUUGUUUUUGUUGUUAUAGAUUGAAUUGUUGAUCAUAUAAUGAGAAUAUUGAAGAAAGUUU